AUGACGACAACUCCAGCGAGUCGCGAUAGCGCCAAGUCCAUCCUUAAGGCGGCUCAUGAACUCCUGCAGCCCCCAUCGGCUCUACCGACCGACCGCCUUGAGCUCGGACGAAGGGUCCAGGCGUCCUGGAGGGCGCUACCGGAGAGCUGGAACGAGGGACUCACCACUAUCGCAAAGGACCUCGGCGAGGUUAAUGGCGGAUCUGGCAGUGCUGAGGAAGAGCUGGAGGAGAUAGGCACCUCAAUAACGAGAUCAGCUAGUCCACGGAAGCAGGGAGCAGUAGACCUGCUGGUUGGGCUGAGAUGCCUGGACCUGCUUGUGGGACUACAGGCGAUUUUGAUCAGAGAGUUCUGGCCAGCUGAGGUGCGAGGGGGAGAAGCUCGAGAUUUCAUCCUCGGGACGGCCGACCUUCGUCUUCUGCGCCUCCUUCUCGCACAAUCCCUCUCACUUCUGUCUACCUGUUCGAAUCGCUACCUCGCUUCCCUCCACUCCUCAGGGGCAACGUCUCCCAACGCGGAUCCACCCCUCAAAGCCAUCCUCGUGGCUUUACUCUCGCUACUUCGGCCGACCCCUCCCCCUCCUUCGCCUGGACCAAGCGCUCCUCGGCACCUACCUCCCACAACGAUCACUCAGCUUCUCAUCACAUCGCACCUCCCAGCUAUCCUCCUCUCGGCAGUGACGCUCGGCUACACUCCAUCUGUCCGGCCAGAGGUGCACGUGGACGUACGGCGGAGCUUUCUAGCGACUCUGGCUACCCUUCCGCCCUCUCAGGCGCUACUUGCCUUGUCGGGCUCUCUAGGCCUCACCGCCAAGCCCUCUCGCAUAUCCAGCACCGCGGACCCCUCAUCCACCACCUUCAUCUCUGGACCAGCCUAUCCCGCCUACAUCUCCAGUACCAUCCGGAAACAGCUCUCCGCGCAGCUUCUCCGCCCGACCGGUCCCCGCGGUCUCCUGCUCAGCCUCUUCGGCGAGCGCGCCCUCUCAGACGCGGAACCGGUGGAAGAGAAGAAGGUGCAGCACGCUAUCGAGACACUGCGGCGCAUCCCGGGUGGGGUCGAGGAGGAGCGGUACGUCCAGCACGUGAUCAUGGAGUGUCUGGACCUGCUCGCUCCGCCUGCAGGGACCGGCAAGCCUGCGCCGAGGGCGUUCAAGGCUGUCGCUGCUGGUGUCAUAGGGGUCUGGCUGGGAAAGGAGGCUGCUGGGGAGGCGCUGAGGGCGGCAUUCGGGGUGAUCGAUGUGGGGGAAGAAGGGAAGCAACAGAGGGCUAUAGCGACCCUCGAGAUGCUCAUCGGGUAUACGGAUCCGGCACAUCUCCCUGCGCUGCUCGAUCUCGUCGUUAGACCGAUCCUGCCCGCUCUCGAGCUGCUCGCCCAUCCCCUCUCUCCGGUACAACGUAUCGAGGAAACCAGCACGGCGGCUACGGCGAUACCGAGCGAGGUAGAGGAGGAGGCCGGACGGCAUACAGCGGAGCUCGCUCGGGAGGUGCUGGAGACGUAUGAGCGGGUCACAGGGCCACGAGAGGGGGUGGGAGGGGUCUGA